UGCAGCAAUUUGGGUAAGAGAUCUCUAUGCACUCACCCUACUGACAGAUAAAGUAUUCUCAAGGCUGAAGGAAAGAGUACUUUGGAAAGCAAUAAAAUAAUAUUAUUAUUAGCACGGGGACACACACUGUUACUGCUUCUUGAAUUUAUGUAACAACUUUUCCAAAUGGAGGUAAGAUGCUGCCUUCUCAGAUUGCCUUCAUACACCCAAGAUUUUAGCACAAACUUAUCCCCUCACCUUCCUCAACUUCCUCACAUGCCUCAACUGAGGCAUUGGUGUCACCAUCCCAGCCAAGCAGGUAAUACUGCUUUUGUUGCCUUUUGCAUCCAGAACAUCUAUUUAUUUGUUCAUCUAUCAACUGAAAGUUCUGAUUUGUUAUCAUUGGAGUGUCAGCUGUUUCUGGGAGCACUUAUCUGUGUAACAGAUAACUGCAGUUAAAUAUUACUCCUACUAUAAUAUAAAUAGUGUGGACACUGUUUCUGAGCGAGGUCCAGAAAUGGAGCUGGUUUGUAAGACAGUUGUCUUCUUCUUGUUAGUCUCUACUAGCUUUGGGAUAGAUGGGGAAUUAGCUCAGGACUUUGUUGCCAUUGCUGGACCUCUGCCUACCACAUUAGCGCACAGAUUACAUCUGCAGAGCCACAUUCUACCCAAAGAAGCUUUGGACCCUGCUGUGUCUGAAGCCCACGAUGACUUCUGUCAGCAAGAUACUGUGAUUUCCCAACUGCCCCAGUACUUCUUCCACCUCCGUGAGAUUGGGGUAACACAUUACAAAGUCUUCCUGCCAUGGGCUCGCAUUCUUCCUGAUGGGGACACCAAGAAGCCAGAUGAAGCUCAAGUGCGAUGCUACCAGGAGCUGCUCAAAAUGCUGGUUGCUGCACACCUCAAGCCAGUGGUAGUUCUCCAUCACAAGGGUGUUCCUGACAGUGUGGCUGUAGGCAGGAAGGUGAGCUCUUUUGCUGACCUUUUUGUGGACUAUGCAGAGUUCAGUUUCUAUGUUUUUGGAGGCCUGGCUGAUAUGUGGCUCACCUUCAGUGACCUGCCUGAGCUCCUGGGAAGCCUGCCUUACAGUGACCCCCAGCUCCGUGUCCAGGCCCUGGCUGCUGCUCAUGAAAGAGCUUACAGUGUUUACCAUGAGAAAUACUCUGUGUCAGGUAAGAACAGGGGGAAGGAUUUUUGUAUAUGUGGAAAGCUGUCCAUUGCUUUAGGAAUGGAUCUUAUCUUGGAUAGGACUUCAUCUGAGUUGCUUUCAGUUUCUCUUCAGGAUUCAGUAGACUUCCUGUCUCUUAGUCUUCAGUACAGGUGUGGAAAUGAAACAGAUUUCUACCUGAAAAUGAGUGAAUUCCAGAAUUUCUGGAAGGACAUAGAAGUAUUGCUCUUUAGUCUAAAGUUCCUUGAUUGUGAUUCCUUGGAAGAGAAUCCAUUCAUACCAGUAGCUGCCAUUGUCACUGCUAUUAAUAAAGAGAAGGCACGUACAAUUGGAUAUGAUGUGAAUGAAUUCUUGGACUUCUCAUCUCGUAAGCUAAGGAGUAGUGAAGCAGGAUUGACUGGUUUUAGCUUAUCCUGUGAAGACUUCAAAACAUAUACUCUACAAGAGAAUCCAGUUGUUGCCCCUCGCUCUUCCUAUCAAACCGUUUGGGAAAUGUUUGCGAACCAGUCUGAAUUGGAGAGGGAUACUUUCCUGCAAGAUGUUUUCCCAAGUGGUUUCCUCUGGGGCACAUCCACAGGUGCCUUUAAUAUUGAAGGAGCCUGGGCAGAGGAUGGGAAAGGAGAGAGCAUCUGGGAUCACUUUGGGCAUGGAGGUCACGUCUACAUGAACCAAACAACAGAUGUGGCAUGUGACAGCUACCAUAAAACCAGCUAUGAUGUUUAUUUGCUAAGAGGUCUUCAUCCCCAGCUGUACAAGUUUUCUAUAUCCUGGCCUAGAAUUUUCCCUACUGGCACCAAUGAAACCAUCAGCAUCAAGGGUGUGGAUUAUUAUAACCAAUUAAUUGACAGGUUGCUAGAGGCUAACAUUGAGCCCAUGGUGACUCUUUUCCACUGGGACCUUCCACAGGCUCUUCAGGUUCUUGGUGGCUGGCAGAAUGACAGUAUCAUAGAUGCUUUUGCAAACUACGCAGACUUCUGCUUUGCCACUUUUGGAGAUCGGGUCAAGUUUUGGGUUACGUUCCACGAGCCUUGGGUUAUCAGCUAUGCUGGCUAUGGCACUGGGGAGCAUCCUCCAGGAAUCACCGAUCCAGGAAUAGCAUCUUACAAGGUGGCUCACACAAUUCUCAAGGCUCAUGCUAAGGUCUGGCACCUGUAUAAUGACAGAUACCGUUCUCAGCAGCUGGGAAGGGUAGGGCUGGUGCUGAACUCGGAUUGGGCUGAACCCCAGACUCCAACCAACUCUGAGGACGUGAAAGCAUCAGAGAGGUACUUGCAAUUCAUGCUUGGCUGGUUUGCUCACCCUGUAUUUGUUAACGGUGACUACCCAGAUGUCCUGAAGGCUCAGAUCCAGGAAGUAAAUGACCAGUGCUCCACAACAGUUGCACAGCUGCCUGUGUUUACAGAGGAGGAGAAAACUUGGGUGAAAGGAACGGCAGAUUUUUUUGGCCUGUCCCAUUACACUUCCCACCUGGUUAGUGCCGUGACUAAUGGUACCUGCACACCUGGAUAUGAAAGCAUUGGGAACUUCUCUUUGCAUGUAGAUCCUUCGUGGCCAAAGACUGCCUCUUCUUCAAUCCAUGUGGUCCCGUGGGGAUUAAGGAGGCUGCUGAAGUUUGUGUCCCAGGAAUAUACAGGGGGAAAGAUCCCAAUUUACAUAGCAGGAAAUGGCGUGCCCACAGAAGCCACAGGGGAUCUUAUUAAUGACACUCUGCGAGUGGAUUAUUUCCGCCGAUACAUCAAUGAGGCUCUAAAAGCGGUAAAACUAGACGCAGUUGAUGUUCAGUCAUACAUUGCUCGAUCUCUGGUUGAUGGCUUUGAAGGCCCAGGGGGCUACAGCCUAAAAUUUGGGCUACAUCAUGUGAAUUUUGAAGAUAGCAACAGACCAAGGACUCCCAGGGCAAGUGCUUAUUUCUAUUCCAGUGUUAUUGAAAACAAUGGUUUCCCAUCCAAAGUCUCAGACAGAAGUUCUGUGUCGGUGGUAUUUGGCCUACCCACGCCAUCAAAGUUGCCGAGUCUACCAGCAUCAGAAGUUCCCUCCGAGUCAAAGGUUGUCUGGCAGAAGUUUUCAUCCCAGACAGACUUUGAAAGAGACAUGUACUUUUAUGGGACGUUCCCAGAGGACUUUACAUGGGGUGUGUCAUCUUCUGCAUACCAGAUUGAGGGAGGUUGGGAUGCGGAUGGCAAAGGACCCAGUGUUUGGGAUAACUUCACCCAUGUACCAGGAAACAUAAAAAACAAUGACACUGGAGAUAUAGCUUGUAAUAGCUACAAUAAAGUAGAGGAAGAUAUUUACCUGCUGAGAGCCUUAGGGGUAAAGAACUAUCGUUUCUCUCUGUCCUGGCCUCGAAUUUUCCCCAACGGAAGGAACAGUUCAAUUAACAGCCAUGGUGUUGAUUACUAUAACCGUCUCAUUGAUGGACUGGUCGCAAACAACAUCACUCCAAUUGUCACCCUGUAUCACUGGGACCUGCCACAAGCUCUCCAGGACAUUGGUGGCUGGGAGAGCAGUGAGCUCAUUGAACUGUUUGACAGUUUUGCAGACUUCUGUUUCCAGACUUUUGGGGACAGGGUGAAGUUCUGGCUUACAUUCAACGAACCCCAGGUUAUUGCUUGGGUUAGCUAUGGAACGGGGGAAUUUCCACCCAAUGUCAAUAAUCCUGGUGGUGCUCCCUAUGAAGUGGCACACACCUUACUGAAAGCUCACGCCAGAGUCUACCACACAUACGAUGACAAAUACAGAGCGAGUCAGGGAGGAGUCAUUUCUCUGUGUCUCAAUAUUGAUUGGAUUGAGCCGAAGACACCAAGCAACCCCAGGGACCUAGAAGCUGCAGACAGGUACAUGCAAUUUUUGGUGGGGUGGUUUGCACAUCCAGUUUUCAAAAAUGGGGACUACCCUGAGGUCAUGAAAUGGAAAGUUGGAAACAGGAGUGAGCUCCAAAACCUGCCAUCAUCCCGCCUACCAGUUUUCACAGCUGAAGAGCGUGAGUACAUCAGGGGCACAGCGGAUGUUUUCUGUUUCAACACCUACACUGCCAAACUUGUAACCCAUGCAACAACCCGCCUGAAUCCCUUCUCUUAUGAGUAUGACCAGGAAAUAUCAACAGAUGUUGACAGCUCCUGGCCCACCUCGGCUCUUGCUGGCCAUCGGGCUGUGGCCUGGGGGCUGAGGAGGCUGUUGAACUGGGUCAAAGAAGAGUAUGGAAAUCCCCCAACGUACAUCAUUGAGAAUGGAGUGGGGCUAAAGACCGAAUCGGAUGUUGAUGACCAUACCAGGAUACUUUACUACAAAACAUACAUAGAUGAAGCUUUAAAAGCUUACAAGCUGGACGGUGUUAAUCUGAGAGGAUACAAUGCUUGGUCUUUUAUGGAUUUCUUUGAAUGGUUGAAUGGUUAUGAGCCAAGAUUCGGAUUGCACGAGGUUGAUUUUAAUGAUCCCAACAGGCCAAGAACCCCAAGGCGCUCGGCUGUGUACUAUGCAGAAAUCAUUCGCAAUAAUGGUAUCCCAUUGCCAAAAGAAGAUGAAUUUUUAUAUGGGGAGUUUCCAAAGAACUUUUGUUGGAGUGUAGCAACAGCUGCAUAUCAGAUUGAGGGAGCAUGGAGAGCAGAUGGGAAAGGACUUAGCAUUUGGGACAAAUACACUCACACUCCUUUGAAAAUCAGCAAUGAUGAUAAUGGAGAUGUAGCUUGUGACAGCUACCACAAGAUUGAGGAGGAUGUGGAAAUGCUGAAACGCCUCAAGGUGUCUCACUAUCGCUUUUCUAUCUCCUGGUCACGUGUUCUCCCAGAUGGGACCACCAGAUACGUCAAUGAAAUGGGAUUGAACUACUAUGAGAGGCUAAUUGAUGCUCUUCUGGCAGCCAAUAUUACACCUCAGGUCACUCUCUAUCACUGGGACCUCCCGCAGGCACUGCAGGACAUUGGUGGGUGGGAGAAUGAUACCAUAGUUCAGAGAUUUAAGGAAUAUGCUGAGCUCCUUUUCCAGAGAUUGGGAGACAAAGUGAAAUUCUGGAUAACCCUCAAUGAACCCUACAACACUGCAUAUCUUGGGUACGGCUUUGGUACAGCUGCUCCAGGUAUCUCUGUUAGACCUGGGCGAGCCCCCUAUGUGGUGGGGCACAACCUAAUCAAGGCCCAUGCAGAAGCCUGGCACCUCUACAAUGAGACUUACCGUGCGAAACAAGGAGGGCUGAUCUCUAUCACCAUCAACUCUGACUGGGCUGAGCCAAGGAACCCACACAAACAGGAGGAUUUUGAUGCUGCCAGACAAUACUUACAGUUUCUUAUAGGUUGGUUUGCUCAUCCCAUUUUCAAAAAUGGUGAUUAUAAUGAAGUGAUGAAAACGAGGAUUCGGGAACGCAGCCUGGCCCAGGGUCUGAGCAGCUCCCGACUUCCAGAAUUUACAGAAAGUGAAAAGCAAAGAAUUAAAGGCACAUAUGACUACUUUGGUCUAAAUCAUUAUACUACAGUUUUAACAUACAAGUAUGAGUAUUCUACUGGUAUUCUAUCGUAUGAUGCUGACAGGGGUGUUGCUUCAGUAACCGACCGCAGCUGGCUGAACUCUGGUUCCUUCUGGCUAAAGGUGACGCCCUUUGGCUUCCGAAAGCUCCUGAGGUGGAUAAAGGAAGAGUACAACAACCCUCCUAUUUAUGUGACUGAAAAUGGGAUAUCAGAGAGGGGAGCCAUAGAUUUCAGUGACACUUGGCGAAUACAUUACCAUCGGAACUACAUUAACGAAGCACUGAAAGCUGUCCUGCUUGAUGGUGUUGACCUGCGUGGCUACACAGCAUGGACGCUGAUGGACAACUUUGAGUGGGCAGUGGGCUUUGAUGAAAGGUUUGGGUUCUACCAUGUGAAUUACACAGAUCCCACGUUGCCACGGCUUCCCAAGGCCUCUGCCAGCUACUACUCACAGAUCAUCAGUUGCAAUGGCUUUCCAGAUCCUGCAACGGGCCCACAUCCCUGUCUGGAAACGGAGCUUGAAGUGAUACCAGACACCACACCAGGACUGGCUGACAGCGUGCGCUUUUUGGGAUUAGAUUUAACAUCACACAGUGCAGAAAUAGCACUGUAUGUGCUUUUUGCUCUUUCUGGAAUUGGAACACUGGGCCUGGCACUUAUUUCAUAUAAAUAUGGAACAUUAUCCAAAAGAUCUCAUAAGCAAUCAUCCAUGGAACUUAGUAAAAUGUAAAAUUUAAUUCAUUUGAAUAUGUGGAACAGAUUGAAACAGUAUUUCUACUUGCUAAAAUGCUUUUUUUUUUUUCUUUUUUUCCUUAACAAAGGAAGCCUACCAAACUGUACUCUGUAGCACUGAAAAAAGAUACCUAGGGCUUAUACUGCUGCAACUCAGUAUCUUGCCUUGGAGGUGAUUUCCAAUUUUGCUGUUUGCUUAAAAUAUUAAUUAAAAAAUGCUAUUUUUUUUCCAGCUACUACUGAUAAUUUUUUUCAAGUCAAAACUAAAAUUGACUGUUCCAAGUUGUGUAAGGAUUCUGAGCCUAAACCUUCAUCUGCCCUCCUUCAUGAUCUUCCCUUGGAUCCUGCUUGUCUUUCCAAGGGAGCUGAGAGCAUCCCAUGAAGCUCUGCUGCUGCUUAAUCUUUUGAAGACAAGCUAGUGCCAACGCUAGCACAAACAGGUCUAGGAGAAUGUACUGUUCUAUUGCAGCUACUGUGGAGGUUCCCUCCCCCCCCCUUCCCCCUUUCCUUCAUUUCAUCUAUAGUAUUUUCUUAAUUUUAUCAUGAAUUAUUUUUUAACAGAAGUAAUAGUAUUAAGCCUUUACAUUUGAACAGUGCAAUACUUACUGAAGUUCCUUUACAAAGAAGUCUGCAGCAGCACUGAACACCUGUAACUGUAAAAAAAUAUAAAUGCACAAUACCUGGGGAGGAAGGAAAGUCAACAUUCUUCAUAUGUGAAAGCCACAUCCUCACCUUCAAAAUAAAAGCUUCUGUGCUCUUGUACUGCAGUCUUUCUUCUCAGCAUUUCCACUUUAUGUGACAAAGAAAGUGUUUUUCUCCUGUAGCACCUUUUCAGACACUAAAAACUUUCAUACUUCUUUUACCAGAUUUCAACAGGAACUCCCAAGUAAGGUCAUGUAAACUGAAACAACUGUGACUUGUAUUUUA